AUGUCAGCAAGCAAAGCAUCCCGUCUAGGGGAAGAGAUCUGGAAGACGAGGAUCGAAAAAGUUAACGCCGAACUAGUCGUCCUCACCUACGGAACCAUCGUUGCGCAGAUAUGCAAGGACUUUGAGAAUGACUACGUCGAGGUCGGCUUCAAGAUAUUCCUCAACGUCACCCCGACAAUCACAAACUGGACGAGCGACAACAAGCAGUUCUCCCUGAUUUUCGACGAGAACCCCCUCGCCGAUUUUGUCGAACUCCCCGAUGACGGCCGGGCUCAAGACGAGCUCUGGUUCUCAAAUAUCCUCUGCGGUGUACUACGGGGCGCCCUCGAGAUGGUACAAAUGCAAGUCGAGACCCACUUCAUCAGCGACGUGCUCAGGGGCAACGAUACCACCGAGAUGCGCGUCACUCUCGUACGCUACAUCGACGAUGAACUCCCUCCCGAGGACGACUAG